UGGAGGGGGCCGGAGGGAGGAUGUUUGCCGGUAUAAACCCACCUCAUCAUCCCAGCUGAUACACUAACAUUAAACCACUGCCAAGCGAACACAAGAGGCAAACUCAUCCUUUCAAUAACAUCACUGAGAGAGAGGGAAGAGGAGAAAAGGAGGGGCAAAGCGUGAGAUAGUGAUGCUUUCAGCAGGUGCCGAACAGUGAGAGGUAGCUGAUAGAGGAGAGGGAAAGACUGCGUGAGAGAAAUAGAGAUGCAGCCAGCCUGUGAGAGCACACAGUGACCCACAGCAUCGGAGACAAGAGAAGAAGACAAAGUUGUCAGUGUAGUCGUGUCCAGCCAGUCUCCUGCAUUACUGUUCCCGCCCUCCCUCUACUCACCGCUGCCAUGCUGUACCCAGCUCUGCUCUGUGCUGCUCUGCUCCUGAUCGCACCCCUGGGGCACACAGAGGGGCGCACCCUGCACCCCUCACCUGAUGCCAUCCAGUUUGUUGAGCAGUUUCUGGAUCGCUACAACGACCUGACCCUGGAUGACCUGGAGAACCUGGUGAGCAGCCAACCAGAGGAGCCCUCCUCUGCUUUUACUUCCGGGGUCAAAGUCGCUGAGUACCCCAAAUGGGCUGACAUACCAGCACAGGGCGACAGCACCUGGCUCCGCCUCCUGAAGGGGACCCUGGCCAAUCAGAAAAGAGCUGUGACGGACCGGUCGAGGAGGGGGUGGAACCGAGGAUGCUUCGGACUCAAACUGGACAGGAUCGGGUCAAUGAGUGGACUGGGCUGCUAGUGGAGAGAGAGGAAGAGACUGACGUCCCUCAGGGGAUAUGAGGACGAACACACAGUAGGCUGCUACACAGCACACAGUCAUUUACACACAUGAGGUGAAUACAAGGAUGUUAAUGUGAGUACAAAGGAGGUCUACAUGUAGCGUAGCUGUAGUGUACUUGCUGUAUUGCUAAUGUGGUUCCAUCGAGCUUAGUGACAGUUACUCUGUAUGUCUCCUGGCUGUUGGAAGGGGUUAGCUGUACUUAUAUUGUACAUCUAUUCAUUUGAAUCUUCAAAGUAUCAGAGUUAUGUUUACAUCAAGCUGUUAUUCUAUUUUAAGUCUCUGAGUGUUGUUUUGACAGUAUACCUGCACUUUAUUUAAAAUGAAGUAUUUAAAACUUUUGUCUUUCUUGACUAAUAUUGUCCUUGUUAAUCCUGCAGAAAUAGUUGUGUUAUGGCAUGUUUAAUGGAAAUAAAUAUUAGAAAAAAGAUAAUAAUAUAAUUAAAGUCAAAUGUUUCUUCUCUCUGCUAUUGAUUUGACAUACAUUUGGCAUGAAUAAAUGUACACUGAAACAUGUUGUAUUGAGUGUUGUGUUCUAUUAAAGUCCUGACA